AUGGCGCCUGGAGAUCCGUACGAAAGGGAUCAAAAACGGUUGUUAGAAUUGUUCAAUGAAGUUGAAACUCCGGAAUCUAGUGAAGAUCCAUAUGCUGAUGAUGGGGAAUACGGGUCCGACAAGGACUACUAUCCUUCAGGCGACGAGUCGUUGAGUUCUGACGAUGCUGCUGGACGCCGCCCACAAAAACACGCUAGUAACUCAUCUGGUGAGUCUUCUUCGUCUAGUGAUUCGGAUGAUAGUGAAAAAACAUUUUGCCCUUCCAAGGACGAACAACGGAAUGAGAAUAUUUCAGUUACCCAAAACCUUCAUGUUUCGGAGGCGACGUCAUCUGGCAUUCCUUUAUCGUCAAACGAUCGGCUUAUAAAUCAAGAUGAUCGCCCCAAUUCACCAGAUAUUUCUGAUCAGCUUACUAGCCCAAUCAGUCAUGCUCCCAGGACAUCUGCUGAGAUACCUUCAGUAGUAGAAGGUUGGUCUGACACGGUGACCGAUAUACCUGAUUUUAAUUUUGAUAACGCUGCUUCUGGUAUUCAAGUAAACAUUGAUAACAUAGAAAAUGUUAUGGACUUUUUUCAUCUUGUUUUUCCACGGAAUUUCGUUGAAUAUCUGGUAAUAUGUACUAAUAAUUAUGGUAAAUCUUUGUGCCAAACUAACAAACCACAUACAAGAUAUAGCCGCAAAGCUGUCUUUCGUGAAACCAAUUAUGAAGAAAUGCUGAAAUUUCUAGGACUUAGCCUUCUGAAAGGUCAUAUAAAAUGUCCUAAACAAAGGAACCUUUUUACUUUAACCAAAGCAAUGUAUUAUCAUCCGAUCUUUACCUACACUAUGUCAGGGCGACGGUAUGAACAAUUAUUACGCUGUCUAUAUGCAUCGGAAUUGGAGGCUAAAGGACAACAGAAGAUUAUAAAAUUCAUAGAUAUGUUGACUAUUAACUUCAGAAAAAUAUAUAGUGCAGGCGAGAAUUUGUCAUUAGAUGAGUCCCUACUUCUAUUUCGGGGUCGGCUACAUUUUCGACAAUAUAUAAAGUCAAAAAAAGCCCGAUACGGAAUUAAAUUCUAUGAACUUACUACGUUUGAUGGCUAUGUACUCAAUAUAUUGAUGUACUCUGGUAAGGAAACAACAAAUCAGAAUAUGGAUGGCGAUGAAUCUAAGACAGAAAAACUAGUAUUAAGGUUGAUGCGGCCAUAUUUGCUUCGUGGUCAUCACUUAUUCAUGGACAACUAUUAUAACUCUGUAAAGUUGUCACAGAAAUUGCUUGAUUUGAACACUCAUAGCACCGGCACCUUACGUAAGAGUCGUAAAGAUAAUCCUAAAUUUAUUACGACAAAAAAAUUGAAAAAAGGCGAGCAUGUAUGGGCUCGCAAAAACAAGGUAUAUGUUUCCAAUUGGAAAGAUAAACGCCCUGUCCUGAUGGUUACAACUAAAGUUCAUCCCUCGAUUAUAGAAGUUUCAAACAGAUUUGGCAAAUCCCGUUUAAAGCCUGCCGAAGUUGAUACAUAUAACAGAAACAUGUCUGGCAUUGAUCGUUGUGAUCAGAUGGUAUCUUACUAUUCUUGUCCCCGAAAAACCAUCAGAUGGUACAAGAAAGUAAUAUUUUACAUGAUGGACAUUGUAGUGUGGAACGCCUUUUUUCUUUAUAGAAAAUAUAAAAAAAAUAAUUCAAGCUUGUACUCGUACAUAAACUACCGAGAAGAACUGAUACAGGAAUUUAUUGGGCUGGACAAAAAUUUGAAGGGAAGCGACUUGAUAAAGACGUCCAGUAUUCACGAUAACAGGCGAUUCCGACCCACGACGACAUGCACUGCUAAUAUACCCGAUAAUGAUGGGAGUAUAAUUCAAGGUCACUGGCCAGAACAAAUGCCUGCACGACCUGGAACUACAAAAAAAUUUGCAUUUUUGAAAUGCAAAUUUUGUACACAAAAAAAGAUACGAAAGGAAACGAGUUAUCGUUGUAAAGGCUGUUCUGAUAAACCUCCUCUUUGCCCAUCUUGCUUUGAACCAUAUCAUGCAAGUUUACUAAAUCCUGAUGAUGAUUAA